AGGGUCCAAUUAUGAAUUGUGCAAGGCAUGCAAUAAAGAUUUCAUAUGAGGCAAAUCCGAAAUCCAGAAACAUUCUUCAGGAAAACAGUACACCAAAUUGGUAAAAUCAUUACACACACAAAAAACUUCGACUGAUAUGACAUCUUAAAAUCAAACAAAAAAAUUCGUAUUGCAGCAUAUGCAGCUGGACAUAACAUUUCAUUUAAUACUUCAGACCAUUU